ACGAUUUGAAACGGUUUAAAAGAGAAAAAAGGAAAAGAAGGAAGAAAACACGAUGAAGCGCAACAGCCAAUGAAAGAGAAAGAGAAAGAGAGGCAGGGAGAAAGAAGGAAGGGAGAGAAAUUGACGGUGACUUGAGUGUCAGAAGGCCGCAGGCUCGUGGUCCCUGACCGGUCGACGCAGCCUCCUCCCGGUUCCAGAGAAUCAGAGUCACGUUCAGUCAGUGGCCGACUCCCGUCCGCGGAGGUGGUGCGCGUUGUCGUUCCUUCGGCUCCAUACACCAGUGUCGAGAGGGGUUUUCCGGUUUCCAAGCCGUGGUCCCGGCCGAUCUUCAACGGGAAUGACGGCCAUCAGGAGCACGUGGUCGUCGGUGCUUCUUAUAUUUAUUAUAGGAUUAUGCCUGCACGACGUUCUUGCGAAACAUCAUCACAUAAAAUUGAGGCACGAGAGACAUCGCCGACAACAUGGGGAGAGCUAUCUGCCAAGCAGUUUUGUGCUGGACACGGACGAGGCUGAACGAGGAACUUGGGGACCCUGGUCGUCGGCCAGCUCCUGUUCCAGGUCGUGUGGUGGUGGUGUCGCCCAUCAGACCAGGCAGUGUCUCGAUGUCGACGACAAUGGGUACAGCAGGUGCACCGGUGCAUCGAGGCGAUUCUUCUCCUGCAACAUUCAGGAAUGUCCGGGCGAGGCGAAGGACUUCCGCGCUGAGCAGUGCGCGGAAUUUAACAGCGUGCCAUUCGAGGGAAUUUACUACGAUUGGAUUCCGUACACGGGCGGGCCGAACAAGUGCGAAUUGAAUUGCAUGCCACGAGGCGAGCGUUUCUUCUACAGACACAAGCUGAUGGUGAUAGACGGGACGCCAUGCGAGGUGGAGAAGAACGACGUCUGCGUCGGAGGCAAAUGCAUGCCUGUUGGAUGUGACAUGAUGCUUGGAAGCGAGGUGAAGGAGGAUGCUUGCAGGGAAUGUGGAGGAGAUGGGUCUAAUUGUAAUACCGUUUCCGGUUUGUUCGACACGGAUGAUCUUCAAGCGGGAUACAUCGAUAUCAUACUGAUUCCCAAGGGAGCAACGAACGUUGUGAUAAGGGAGAUCGAACCCUCGAACAAUUAUUUAGCUAUUAGAAACACUUCGGGCCAUUAUUAUCUAAAUGGAAACUGGAGGAUAGAUUUCCCGCGAAGCUUGAAAUUCGCCGGGACUAUAUUCCAUUAUUCGAGAGAUCCGCAAGGUUUCUCAGCACCCGAUACCAUUACCGCCUUGGGACCGACGAAUGAGCCAAUUUACGUGGUGCUCCUUUAUCAAGACCACAACGUUGGGGUUCAGUACGAGUAUAGCGUGCCGAAGAGGGUUUCCCAGCAAACAGACGCGGAUAGCUACACGUGGAUAACCGACGAAUUUUCCAGCUGUAGCGCGACUUGUGGUGGAGGUUAUCAAUCGAGACGCGUGGCCUGCGUACGAAGAAGGGAUAACCAACCGGUGGAUGAGAGCCUUUGCGAUCCACAGUUGGAACCAGCUGACACAGAGGCAUGUAACGUGGACCCGUGUCCACCUGUGUGGGUGGAGGGCGAGUGGGGCCCUUGCAACAAGCACUGCGGCAAAGGAGGUGAGCAGAGCAGAGAGAUCAAAUGCGAGCAGGUCAUCUCCGGUGGAAUUCCCACAUUGGUGGACGAUAGUCAGUGUCUGGAGAAGGUAGGACCAAAAGGUCCGACCAACCAGGAAUGUAAUAAGGAUGUACCGUGCCCGCAAUUCCACGUGGGACCCUGGAAACCGUGUGAUCAUUUGUGCGGACCGGGCAAGCAAACCAGAAGAGUGACGUGUUACACGAAGGUGGACGGGAAGAUUCAAGUGUUGGAGGAUCAGGCAUGUGAGGGAGACGUUCCAGAGCGUGAGAAACCUUGCGAAUUGAGACCUUGCGCCGGCCUCGACUGGGUCACGUCGGAUUGGAGUGGAUGCGACGACAAAUGUGGACUUAGCCAAGAAACCAGGACCACAUACUGUGCCACUCAAGAUGGAACCGUUUAUCCGGAUGAAAAAUGCAACGUCGAAAAGCCUGAAUUGGUGCGAGAUUGCGAGAGUAAAAAGGAGUGCGAAGUUCUCUGGUUCGCUUCUCAAUGGAGCGACUGUUCAGCGAAAUGUGGGUCAGGUGUGCAGACACGCAAGGUGUUCUGUGGUACGUUCGAAGGUGAAACGGUGACGAAAGUGCCAGACGAAAAAUGCGACCCGGCCAAGAGAUUCAACGAAACGAAAAAUUGUACAGCCGAGGAGGAGUGCAAAGGAGAAUGGUUUGCUGGACCAUGGAGCAAGUGUUCGAAACCAUGCGGCGGUGGCACGAUGGACCGCAAGGUGAUUUGCAUGAAGGCCAACAUGACGGUCCCGCUAAACAAAUGUGGCACCAACAUGAUCAUAUUCUCCAUGGAAAAUUGCAACAAUCAACCAUGCGAAUCAGAUGAAGUAAUACCAAUGCAACCAGAUAAGAUCAAAGAUCUUACCGAGGAGGAUGAUGAAUGUGAAGUGUAUGAGGAUGAAGACUUUGUGACUGUCUCAUCUAGUCUUGCACUUAGCGAUAAAUCCAGCAAAAUGUCAGACCUUACCGAGGCAACUCCCCUAAGUUCACCAAGCACAGACGAUUCUACUGGAAACGACAUGGACGAUUUAAUGCUCAACGAUGAUGGUGCCACUCGAGGCGACAUAUCUCCUAGAGAAAUGGAAAAUGGUGAAGGAAGCGGAACAGAUUUCACCGAUACGUUCUUCUACACUUAUACAUCGGAAUUUGAAUCAACAUUCGAAGGAAGUGGAACCAGUGAAAUCACAGAAGAAAACGAAUUGUUUACGACAGAAUCUGGAAUCACGGAAACUGAUGUUACCGAGGAAACUGUCGAGGGAUCCACUAUGGAUUCCACCGAUGAAUCAUCUGUGGAAUCAAUGACGCAAGAAACUCUGGCAUCUGGAGAAACAGAUAUAACAACCGAAUCAGGCGCAACCGAAGCAACGACAGUUUCUUCUGAGAGCGAAGCAACUGAAGCUACAUCGAUGACAGAAUCUAUGGAGACUGAAGGUACUGGGUCGUCAGAAUCCACUGAAUCAGGUCCAACAACCUUUUCAUCGGAAACCGAAAGCACAGUUACGGAACAAGAGAUGACUGAAGAAUCUGUAUCAACAGAUAUAAAACCUGAUGACACAGAUAAAACUACAGAAACAAGCGUCACCGAGGAAACUACUGAAUCAGGAUCUACAGAACCAACAAUGUCGACAGAAUCAGGAAUAACAGAAGAAAGUACAGAAUCUGGAAUUACAACAGAAUCUGGAGUCACAACAGAAUCUGGAACCACAACAGAAUCUGGAGCCACAACAGAAUCUGGAGCCACAACAGAAUCUGAAGCCACAAUAGAAUCUGGAGCCACAACAGAAUUUGGAGCCACAACAGAAUCUGGAGCCACAACAGAAUCUAUGCCAACUGAAAUUACAGAGUCAACAGAAUCUGGAGCUACAACAGAAUCUGAAGGUACAACGGAAUCUGGAGCCACAACAGAAUCUGAAGCAACAACUGAAUCAGCAUCAACGGAAGCUACUGAAUCAACGGAAUCUGGCCCGACGGAAACUACUGUAUCUGGUGAAACUACUGAAUCUGGUCAAACUACAGAAUCUGGUGCAACAACAACAGAAGGAACGACGAUUUCCGGUGAGACUACCGAAUCGAGUGAAACUACAGAGUCUGGUACAACUGAGAGCGGUGAAACAACUGUCUCUGGAGUGACAGAGUCAACCGUUUCCGGAUUGACACCGGUUACUGAUGAAGAAGAGACCGAAGUUACUGAGAAAACACACGUAACUGAAUUCUGGACAACACUCGCUCCAGAAGAGGUCACACGCAAACAUCGCGUCUGCAAGGUGCCCAAGAAGAAAAAGACCUGCAAAACCAUGCCGUUUGGUUGUUGUUAUGAUGGAAUCACUGCAGCGCUAGGACCAUUUGGUAAAGGAUGUCCCACGGCUCAGACUUGCAAUGAGACCAAACACGGUUGCUGUCCUGAUGGAGUAUCACCAGCUACUGGUCCAGAGAACAAAGGCUGUCCCGAAUCUCUCUGCGAUGAAACAUUAUUCGGUUGUUGUCCAGAUGGAGUUACCAUUGCUGAAGGCAAUGAUUUCGAAGGAUGCAAGAAACCUUGCAACGAGACAGAAUUUGGAUGUUGUCCGGAUAACGAGACACCGGCUAGUGGAGAAAAUAACAUGGGAUGUUGCAAUGGCACUAAAUUCGGUUGUUGCCCCGAUGGAAUCAAGCCUGCUUCUGGACCGGAGGGUGAAGGUUGCGAGGAGGAGAUCACUUCUAUCACUCCACUUACUGAAGAAUAUGAAACGACCACUGCAGGACCUGUGCAGGAAGAUUGUUCGAAUUCCACCUAUGGAUGUUGUCCGGAUGGUAUUUCCAUUGCAACUGGCGCCAAUUUUGAGGGAUGUGGUAUUAUCAAUGCAGAGAAUUGUACUAUAUCGUACUUUGGAUGUUGUCCCGAUGGAGUAUCACCAGCUCUUGGGCCCAAUAAUUAUGGAUGCCAUAUGCCCUGUGAGAAUAGCACUUAUGGUUGCUGCGAAGAUGGUGUUACUCCUGCACAUGGUCCCAACAGAGAGGGUUGUUGUCUAUCGACACAAUACAAAUGUUGUCCGGAUAAUAUACUUCCUGCUCGUGGUCCCGAUUUCUACGGCUGUGGAUGUCAAUACACGAGAUUCGGAUGUUGUCCCGAUAAUAGUACCGCUGCUCGUGGACCGAAUAACGAGGGUUGCGGAUGCAAAUACACGCCUCAUGGUUGCUGUCCAAAUCGUUUUACACCGGCCACAGGACCGAAUUACGAUGGUUGUCCGUGUUAUACGUAUCAGUUUGGUUGUUGUUCCGAUGGUGUCACCAUUGCAAAAGGACCACAUGGACAAGGCUGCGGUUGCGAGAACACGGAAUUCAAAUGCUGCUCAGACGGAAGAACACCAGCAAAAGGCCCGAACUUUGCCGGAUGCACUUGCGAUGCCUCGAAAUACGGAUGUUGUCCUGAUGGUGUGGAAGAAGCUCAAGGAGAGAAUUUCGAGGGAUGUCUCUCAGUUCCAUCCACUCCAGGAGCGGCUUGCGCGUUGGAAAGAGAUAGAGGACCAUGUCGAGAUUUCACUGUUAAAUGGUACUUUGACACAGAAUAUGGUGGAUGUUCAAGAUUUUGGUAUGGAGGCUGCGAAGGUAACGACAAUCGAUUCAAGACUCAGGAAGAAUGUAAGGAAGUGUGCGUGCAACCUAAAGGAAAAGAUGCCUGUUUCUUACCAAAGAUCUCUGGACCCUGUGAAGGCUAUUUCCCUACAUGGUAUUACGAUUCAGGUAGAAAGCAGUGUGGUCAGUUUGUCUAUGGUGGAUGUCUUGGUAAUGCGAAUAAAUUUAAAACCAGAGAAGAAUGCGAGGAGCUUUGUGUCACUCCUGAUGAUCUGGAUCCUUGCGACCAAACGAAAGAAUCAGGUCCCUGUGAGGGCAACUUUACUAGGUGGUACUUCAAUGCAGAAUCACAAGCUUGCGAGCAAUUCCUGUAUGGUGGAUGCAAAGGAAAUGAUAAUAACUUCCCAACGGAAAUCGCUUGUCACCAACAAUGCCUGCAACCAGGAAGGAGACGAGUAAAACUGACAGACGUGUGCCGCUUGGAGAAAGAUCCCGGCCCUUGUCCGGGCUCUGUGUUACGCUGGUAUUAUGACGCCGGGCGUCAGACGUGUAGCCAAUUUGUUUACGGCGGUUGUAAAGGCAAUGCGAAUAGAUUCCGUACGCGUGCUGCCUGUGAGCAGCGCUGCCCUGUAAAAGAUAGUUGCUUGCUGCCGCGAGCUGAAGGUAACUGUGGUGAGAAGCAAUCUCGAUGGUACUUUGAUCAGUCGGAGAAUCGGUGCAUGCCAUUCUAUUAUACUGGUUGCGGUGGGAAUAAAAAUAAUUUCGAAUCUAGGGACGCAUGCGAAUCUGAUUGCCCGGCUAAAGUUGAGCAAGAUACCUGUCUCUUGCCCGCACUUUUGGGAGAAUGCCACAACUAUACUCAACGAUGGUACUACGAUUCAUACGAACAGCAAUGUAGACAAUUCUAUUAUGGUGGUUGCGGUGGAAACGAAAAUAACUUUGUCACCGAACAAGAUUGCAUUAACAGAUGUCAGACUACGAUUACUACCCCUGCGCCAGUAAGAGAAAUCGAAUUUAAACCAGAAUUCUGUUUCCUUCCGGAUUCUCAUGGUCCAUGUUCUGAUGAACAAAUCAAAUGGUUUUAUGACAGUAGAGAAGGUAUUUGCAAGCAGUUCAGAUAUGGGGGCUGUCAAAGCAAUGGAAAUAACUUCAAUAGUCGCGAAGAAUGUGAAUAUCGAUGUGGAGACGUUCAAGAUGCUUGCAGUCUGCCCAAAGUUGUUGGUCCCUGUAGCGGUUUUGUCAAACAAUACUAUUAUGAUUAUCGAGCAGAUUCCUGUUACGAAUUCGAAUACAGUGGUUGUCAGGGUAACAAGAACCGCUUCCAAGAUAAGGAAUCCUGCGAAAAAAGAUGUCAGAAACAAGUUGUUCAAACAGAAACAACGCCAAACAUUACUGUCACAUUUGCUCCAUUACUUGAAACUGUUUCGAAGAGCCCGAUUUGUUAUACUCCUGUUGAUCCUGGUUCUUGCAAUAGUGAUAUCACAGCUUUUUAUUACGAUUCACACAAUCAUAUGUGUCAAGCAUUUCUCUAUGGCGGUUGUGAAGGAAACGCGAAUAGGUUCCAAACAGAAGAACAAUGUGAACGUCUUUGUGGAAAGUUUCAUGGACAAGAUACAUGUAACUUACCACCGGAUUCUGGUGAAUGCCGAGGUUACUUCCAAAAAUACUACUAUGAUUCGGUCAAUCGCAUAUGUCGCGAAUUUUCAUACGGUGGAUGUGAAGGUAAUGCGAACAGGUUUAGCUCAAUGACUGAGUGUGAAUCUGUUUGCAUUCAUCAUGAGGAACCCGUGCUUCCUGGAAACGACACCAGCCUUUCAAGCUUGUCAAGUUGUAAAGAACCAGUUGACGUUGGGUCUUGCACUUCUGGUGCUACCAAACGAUUCUAUUUCGACGUUGAAGAACAAACCUGUCGAGCGUUCAUUUACACUGGAUGCGGUGGAAAUCGUAACAGAUUCAAGACCUUCGAGUCUUGUAUUAGUACUUGCCUUAGCACUACCAACGAGAUCGACGUAGAUUCUGGAAAGGAUACAAAGGAUCCUUGCACCGAAGCACGCGAAGAAUGUCAGACUAUCCGUUGCCCAUAUGGCAAAGAGGCGUUCGUGGACUCUCAGGAUUGCGAACGAUGUCGUUGCGUUGAUCCUUGUAGAACACAAAUUUGUCCCGAUAACACAAAAUGUGCUAUUACCUUAGUUGCUACCAAAGAUGGUACAGAAUACAAAGGAGUAUGUAGAUCAGUCAUGAAACCAGGCCGUUGUCCAAGUGUAUCGAAUAGUACUAGAUGCGAACAAGAGUGUCUCACAGAUGCAGAUUGUUCUGGAGAUAUGAAAUGCUGUAAUAAUGGCUGUGGUGCUUCUUGUCUCGAACCAGCCGCCGAAGAAGUUAUAUCGACUUCUCCAAGACCGUUCGUUACUCCACCUGUAGUUGGUGCUGAACCAGCUUCCAUCAAGCAACCAGAGGAGCCGAAAGUCAGUGCUCAGGAAGGUAGUUACGUAACAUUGAAGUGCAUUACUUUAGGAAAUCCAAAACCAAUGAUCACAUGGAGAAAAAGCACGACGUUGAUUGCACCUUCAGAAGCCAGACGUCGCAUAUUAUCCGAUGGCUCUCUUCAAAUUAUUAAUUUAGAUCGAUACGAUGGUGGAACUUAUGUCUGCACAGCUGACAAUGGUUUAGGCCCACCGGUAAGAGCAGAAUACCAAUUGACUGUCACAGAACCGAAAGAACUAGCUGCGGCCAUCCUAGGAGAGCCUGAUGCACGUGUGACAGUUGCCAUAAACUCUCCCAUAUCUCUGCACUGCUACGCAUGGGGUUGGCCCAGACCUUUCGUCACUUGGUGGCGAGGCGAACGCAUGUUGCCACUCGCUUCGGAGACUUACGAACAGGAUUCUGAAUACACACUUCUGAUUAGAACAGUCACUAUACAGACUCUAGGUGUUUAUACCUGUCAAGCAUUCAACGCAAUUGGUAGAGCUGCAUCUUGGUCGAUCACAUUGCAAGCUAUCGGUCCCGUAUACAAUAUCAAGCCCGAGUUCGAACAAUAUAUGAAAUACCUGAUUGAUGCUCCUAAAAAAGCUGAGAAACCUAAAUAUCCUUAUAGACCCGAUAGAACCCAAACUCCUGACUAUCGACAGAUUUAUGGAGCUAGUAAUACGACUAGACAGAGUCAAAUUUCUACGGUUAGUCCUAUUGGAUGGACUACUCCGGAGUAUGGUUUGAGGUUUAGAGUGCCUGUCACAGCCAAUAUAACGAUAGGACAAAAUCAAUUCCCAGAGGGUAGUGAUGUUAAUAUCGCUUGCCAUGUCGAUGGUUAUCCGAUUCCUCGAGUAUCUUGGUAUAAGGAUAAUGAAAUAAUUCAUCCGAAUAACCGAAUUCAAAUUACUGAAGUGAACAGACUCGUAAUCAGUGAUGCGAAUCGGGAAGAUUCAGGAAGAUAUCGUUGCGAAGCGAGUAAUGAUUAUUCCUCUGCUUCUGCUAUGGUGGAUAUACAAGUUGCUGGAAUCUUCAUUCACCCGAAUUGCCAAGAUAAUUCGUUCUUCGCUAAAUGCGAUCUGAUCGUUAAAGCAAAGUAUUGCACACACAAAUAUUAUGCGAAGUUCUGCUGUCGAUCCUGUACCGAGGCUGGUCAACUUCCUUCCAGAGGUCCUCACUUAAAUAAUUCGAAAAGAAGGCGAAGAUACAUUCUGAAGAGCCUCAUCUAAGAAUCUUUCUUCGAUUUCUUCCGGUUAGUCCGACGAACAAAGCAAAGAGCAGCAGUUACGAUCAGGCAAAUAUCGGCUCUUAAUGCAUAAUUUCGAUUAUUAAUUAGAUAUAAAUGAAAGAAACGAUGACGAGAUUUAAAAGUGAUCAUUCGAUUCGACACAUUUGUCUGUCUCGAUGGUGUGCCGUGUAAACGUGACGUUAAUUCACUGCCAAAGCCUUAGAACGUCUAUACAUAGAUACAUUUAAUAUAUAAAUUAAGCAACAGCGAGGCGGAAGAACGUGAAGAUGAGUCGCAUAACGAGAUAAUGUAAUUCUUUUUUCGUUGAUGUUUUAAUUAUAUUACUCCGUAUAUCUUUGUUUCAAAGUCGUCAUCGUCGUUGUCGUUUUAUGUAUGUAUAUACGAUCUGACGCUGGAAUCCUAGUCGGUCGAAGCCAUAUUAGGACAGGAAUGAUCGCUGUCCACCAGAAAGCGUCUCGAGAUUGGAUACCCGAUCGAUGCUAUUUUGCUUUUCUUUUCCUUUUCCUUUCCGUUCGAAUCGCGUUCGAAUCGUUAGAUAUCUAGUUGUGAGAGUUAUAUGGAAUCAUAUGAUGAAAUAUGAUAAUUGAAAGCUGAAAUAUUUGAUAAAAAUAUCGUUAAGAAGAAAAUUUAUUGGAAAGAAAAUGAGAUAAUUCUUUAAUUUAAAGUAAACUUGAAUUUUUAAAUUAUUAUAAAUUGUUCUGUUGUAAAAAUCUUUUGCAAUGAUGAUAUAUUUUUUUUGAAUUUUGAUUAAAGUAACUAUGAAGAAAAGAUAAAUAAUCAAAUGAUUCCAAAUAUAAGUAUGAUGGAUCUACACAAUGAUGAGAUCUAUCGAUCAAUUUGUAAAUGUAACAUGAACAAUAUAUAAAAAUUUAAUCGUUAGGGGAACAAAAGGACAAGUCAAAAGUCAAUAUGUAAUUUUUCUUUUUUUUUUUUUUAUGUGAUCGAAACAAAGGAGAGAGGCGAUAGAGAAUGGAAGUGGGAGAGAGAACCUGUACCUAUUUGUAUGAAGCAUAUACGUAUAAGUAUGAAACGUUACGUUGUAUAAUAUAAAUAGUUUAUUAUGCAGUAUGCCAUUUAUAUACUCUAUAAUAUUGUUAUUACUUAUUCCUUAUUCGAUAUUAUUGCCAUAGCAUGAAUUAGUCCUUUGUCACGAUUGAACGAUACUUAUAUCAUAGCGACGAUUGGUAAUGUGAAGGUGCAACAUCGUGACGACGAUCUUGAUUUGUCAGAUGGAUUAUAACAAGUGAAAAAAUUAACUAGAUUAGAUAAAAUUGAUUAGACAAAAUAUUGAGACUUUCUAAUUUAUUUCUCUUUAUUUUUAUAAUUUUAUUCAAUUCUAUUUCGAUAAUUGUAUAAGUUAUUAAAAGUUGCAAUUCUGAAAAUAUAAAAUUAUAAUUUUAGAAAAUUUUAUUUGCGAAGCUUGUUAAAAAAAAAUUAACUCAUUGGAAGUUGAAUAAUAAUGUACAAGUAUUGAAUCACGAUACGCACCUUCUUUCACUAUAUUAACAUGUUGCAUUUAUAUAUUUGUUCCUGAACAUUUUAAUCGUAAUGUUAACUACAUACUGUUACUAUAUACUGUAUCAUCUAUCGUGAUUUCUUGGCAUUCGAAAAUGAGAGCAUACAUUACAUAUCCCAUUUUCUUAAUAUUAAUCUAAAACUUAUCAACGUUUUAUUUUCUUCACAAUUUUUUCAAACAUAUUUUUAUUUUAUACAAAAUAGAAACAUUUCUUUCUUAUUUAAUUAUUUGUUUAAUAAUACUUAACAAAAAAAAUAUGAAAUUUAACUGGAUAUAUAACAUUUCCUUUCCAUAUUUCAAAUGAAGGAUAAUUAUUAAGAAUAUAGAUGAACAGAGAUAGAAAUUAAGAUAAUUAAGAAGUAAUUUAUGCUUUUAAUUUCGAAUUGCCACAGAAAUGUCAGUAGCUCGUAGCGUAUCAAAAUUCCGAAGGAAAAGGUACCAAAAGCAUUUAUAAUUAUACAUAAUAUAUAUAUUAUUAUACAUAUAUUGUAAAUGUAAGUUUUACUCGAUGAUGGAAAGAAUCCACGGAACCGUAGGAAAAGAUAUUCUUCUUUCGUCUGAUUGUUUCAGUCACAGUAAAUGACAGUGCCUUAUUAGAAAGCUCUUCGAAAGUGUCGGGGAAGGAGUGCUAAAUAGAACUUUACAUACAGAAUAUCGUUAGUGUAAAUACAAAAUGUAGCGUACGCGAUGCAAAAUGAAUUGAAUUUCAAUCAGAAAUUUAUCGAAUAGUCACUAAAACGAUAUUAGAUGAUCGUACCAAAGUAUCAAAUAACAAUUCCUCCGAUUUUUAUAUUUCCUUAUCUAAUCAAGAUUAUUGUAUUUCUUUUUAAUUGUAUGUUAAUUACAUAGAAUUUAUGAAGUUGUAAGAUGAAGUUGUAAAAUUGCGACAAUCACAGUAUUUCUUUAGAAAGAAAAAAAAGAAGAAAAAGAAAAAGAAAAGCGCAUAUCGAGACUUUGAUAAAAAAUUUUUUAUUUUAACGAAAAUAUAAUAGUCAUUUGUGAUGCAUUUGAUUGUUUCUUUAAUCUAUCCGGAGGAAUCGUAGAAAAGAAGAAAAAAAGGAAAGAAAGAAGGAAAAAUGAAAGAAUAUUGAGUACUCUUCUCCUCCGUACUCCUUUAGAUAUGACCAAACUAGACAUGACAUAAUUGUAAUAACUAGACUCUGGAUAUUUAUGUAUUCAUUAAAAUUUUAAUAUAAUAGGUACAUAUUUGAAAAUAUAAAAAAUAUCCAAAAUAGGAUUUUUAAAGCGAAUUAAAUAUACGCGAUCUAUAGAUUUAUCCUUUUUUCGCUUUAAAUUUAAAUAUUUUAAAUAUUUUGACAAUCUAAAAAGUUUCGUAUAAUUUAAUUUGAACAUUAGAGGUUAUUUUGUGACGGAUUAAUUUAAUAUUAUUGUAUUUCAUACACAAAAUUUUCAUUUUUUUUAAAACACAAUUAAUUUACAUAUUUUCCUUUUCAUGAAAAUAUGAAUUUGCAUAAAAAUCCUCAGUCUAGUGAUAACGUAGUAACACAAUAUUAUUUAGUACAUGUAUAAAUAGUUCUCGUAGUUUUUAACGGGCAUGUAUGUACCUAUGCAAUGAUUGCAUAUCGGUAAGAGUAAAAAGGGGAAAAAGAAUAAGUAACAUAGAAAGAAUGUAUCGUCUUUGUUACGAGAAAUAAUAUCGAGUCGAAAAGAAAGAGAAAGAAAAAAAAAAGAAUACUUGAGCGAGCGCAGUUUCGGUAGAUUUUCUCUAUUCUAUAGUAUUCUAUAGUAAAUAAUUUAUAUUUCUACCGUGUGAUUUUUAAGUCUGUACAAUGACCACACACACGCACACACGCACACACACGUACACAUACGCAUUCAUUUACACGUUACACAUUAAUGAUGUAUAUAAUUAUCGCUAUAUUACGUAAUAUACUCGUUUUAAUCGACCUAUUAUCGGCUACUGGAUACUCCUCUUGAAGACACUUUGUAGAAAUGAUCGUGACAGUUGAUUCGUCGAUUUUUUGAUCGAUUUUAUAAAAAUCGAUGCAUUUUUCUAACUUGUGAAAGUAGUUUUUCGAUAAUAAUAAUAUUAUUCUAUAAUGAUGUUUAGAAUGGCUAUGAUAGUUGUAACGAUAUUAUAAUCAAAAGAUUUAAGGUAAUAUUAAUGAAGCGUUUAAUUCUUAAUUAAUUUUAAUUAUAUCACGUAAAACUUCGUGAAACUUCUAGUUCUAGGGAAUAUAUUGCAAAAGUAAGAUGUCUUUCGAUAUUAAUCAUUUUUAAAUUUAUUAUUUUUUUAAUUUUAUAUUUUAUAUUUCUGAAAGAGACAACAUUUCUCUUGUUUUUACAUAAAAUAAACUUAAGGUAGAGCAUGGAACGUACCUCGCGUAGAAUCAACAGAAAUUUUUUCGAAAUUUUUAGUUCUAACAUUCUUAUAUAGAGUUAAAAACAAGAGAGAGAAAUUUUUAAACGAAUCAACUUCCUUCACGAUUGUUCCUACGAAUACACCGACAAAGGAUUUGAAGCGUAGUUACGUGAAAAUGGAUAAAUAACUAAAUUAAUCAAAAGAAAAAAAAGGAACGGAAAAAUAUCAGAGAAAAAUAUUCUCCAAUGUAUUAUCUAUACAUGCAUAUAUAGCUCACACAUCGCGACAGUGCUGAAGAUUUUAGUGAGUGUAUUUGUAACUGUAAGUUAUACCUUUAGAUAAUGAUUUAAUAUAAUAUAAAUAUAUAAUUAUAUAAAAUAAAGGUAGAUUUAAAGGAAUGCCACUAUACAAACAUUGUAUGGACAAUAAUAAUAUAAGAUCCUUAAAAUAUAUGAUUAAAUAAUGA